AGCACCUACCCUCUGUUGCUCGCCGCCUCUCACUCUCUCUCUCUCUCCAGCUCACACUAAUGUCGGCUGCAACUUCAUCCUUCUCUCCAGGCCUCACCGCUGCUCCACCUUCAUCCUCCAAAGCCCACGCGGCGGCUCCCUCCACUCUCGCCUUCUCCUCCGCCGUCUCCAAGUCCCUCAACCCUCUCAGGCUCAGAGCCGCCUCUCGCGCUGCUGCUGUUGGCCGCGGAUCCGCUCUCGGAGCUCGUAUGGUCUCAAUGCCGACGAUUAAGCCCCCGCUCUCUCUUGAUUUCGACACCUCUGUUUUCAACAAGGAGAAGGUCAACCUCGCUGGUCACGAUGAGUAUAUUGUAAAGGGAGGAAGGGACUUGUUCCAUCUGCUGCCUGAUGCCUUCAAGGGCAUCAAGCAGAUCGGUGUUAUCGGUUGGGGUUCCCAGGGACCUGCUCAAGCUCAGAACUUGAGAGAUUCUCUAGCUGAAGCAAAGUCGAAUAUUGUGGUCAAGAUUGGGCUCAGGAAGGGAUCCCGUUCAUUUAAUGAGGCUCGCGCAGCUGGUUUCACUGAGGAGAAUGGGACUUUAGGUGAUAUAUGGGAAACAAUCUCAGAGAGUGAUCUUGUGUUGCUACUAAUCUCUGAUUCUGCACAGGCAGAUAAUUAUGAUAAAAUAUUUUCGCACAUGAAACCAAAUAGCAUACUUGGUCUUUCCCACGGUUUCCUUCUAGGGCAUUUGCAGUCGGAGGGACUUGACUUUCCCAAGAACAUCAGUGUAAUUGCUGUAUGCCCAAAGGGAAUGGGUCCGUCAGUAAGGAGACUUUAUGUCCAAGGCAAAGAAAUAAAUGGUGCGGGAAUUAAUUCAAGUUUUGCAGUCCACCAGGAUGUUGAUGGGAGAGCCACAGAUGUGGCUCUGGGCUGGUCGGUUGCCCUUGGUUCUCCUUUCACAUUUGUCACUACGCUCGAGCAGGAAUACAAAAGUGACAUCUUUGGCGAGCGAGGCAUAUUACUUGGUGCUGUUCAUGGAAUAGUGGAGUCCCUGUUCAGAAGAUACACUGACAGCGGAAUGAGUGAAGAUUCUGCUUAUAAAAAUACUGUUGAAUGUGUUACUGGAAUUGUGUCAAGAACCAUAUCAACUAAGGGCAUGCUGGAAAUAUACCGCUCUUUGUCUGAAGCUGACAAGAAGGAGUUCGAGACUGCAUAUAGUGCCUCCUAUUAUCCUUGCAUGGACAUCCUCUAUGAAUGCUAUGAGGAUGUAGCAAGCGGCAGUGAGAUCCGCAGCGUUGUUUUGGCUGGGCGGCGAUUUUAUGAGAAAGAUGGUCUUCCUGCCUUCCCUAUGGGGAAGAUUGAUCAGACGCGCAUGUGGAAAGUUGGUGAGCGUGUCCGAUCGACACGUCCAGCUGGUGAUCUAGGCCCUCUACACCCUUUCACAGCUGGUGUUUUUGUGGCCCUGAUGAUGGCACAGAUUGAAGUGUUAAGGAAGAAAGGGCACUCCUACUCAGAGAUAAUCAACGAAAGUGUAAUCGAGUCGGUGGAUUCUUUGAAUCCUUUUAUGCAUGCUAGGGGAGUUUCUUUCAUGGUUGAUAAUUGCUCAACAACAGCGCGGUUGGGAUCAAGGAAAUGGGCUCCAAGAUUUGAUUAUAUUCUAACUCAGCAAGCCUUGGUUGCCGUGGACAACGGUACACCCAUCAAUCAGGACCUCAUUAGCAACUUCAUGUCAGAUCCAGUGCAUGGAGCCAUUGAAGUAUGUGCUCAACUGAGACCCACAGUUGAUAUUUCAGUGCCUGCUGAUGCAGACUUUGUGCGACCAGAGUUGCGCCAAUCUAGCAAUUAGAGCUUGAAGAACCUACUACGUUAGCUGGCCUACAAAAUCGUUUUCCGGGAAGUAAUGUUUGAGUGCUGUAGCUUUGCCCAGUUUGUCUUGUGUUACAUCAUCUAUCCUAUGUACUUUUAUUGCAAUGCACGUUAUGUUUCUUAUGAACAAAUGAGGUAUGAUGCUGAAUGUUGUAUUAAUAAUUUCUGUGGUAGUAAUAAUUAGUUAAAUAAAGUUGGCCCUUUUUAUGGUGUUCCUGGUA